CCUAUUACCUUAAAUAUAUGUACUUGACUAGAGUGAAUACAUCUAUAGCAAAAGAAUUAUUAUCUCAUCAGCUAUACUGAAUCUUACGUACACCUUUUCAGAGUUCCAGUCCUCUACAGUUGAUAACAGCUGGAACCUAACAAUAAUUUACAUAUUAAGAUAGGUCAUUCUGAUCCCUCUGCUUUAGGUUCUUACCUCACCACUGACCCUUGUAAAAUGGGUGCAACUUCUGAUACUGUAAGGUGAUUUUAGAUAUACGUGGCAAAAGGAGCUGUAUAGCAGGAAAUGACCUAGAGGGGGAACAGGGUGUGCAGAGGAGGAAAACAGGAAGGCAGUAGUGAAAGGUUGUUUACCCCAAGAUUAAUGAUUUUGUUAUUAAGUAGCCUAUACCGUGACGAGGGUAAAGAGAGCUGGGUAUGAGAUGAUGUAAUGAGAUGGUAUAUAUGAAGGAAUGUAACUGCUAGAAGCUGCAGAUGCCAUUAGAGAAGAUGUAGGGUGCUUAAUAAACGCUUGCUGUAAUUAGUAACAUCUGUGAGGAAAGAUAGCAGCUGGAGGGAGCUGCUUUGGAGACAUCCAAGUACCUGGUGAAUGGUUUUAGAUGGAGCAGGAUUAGACAUUGAUUUUCACCUAAUAUCUCCAGAAGGUAAAACCAUUGUUUUUGAACAGAGAAAAUCAGAUGGAGUCCAUAGUGUGGAGACAGAAGCUGGCGACUACAUGUUCUGCUUUGACAAUACAUUCAGUACCAUUUCCGAGAAGGUGAUUUUCUUUGAAAUGAUCCUAGAUAAUAUGGGUGAACAGGAACAAGACCAGGAAGAUUGGAAGAAAUAUGUGAUGGGUACAGAUACGUUGGAUAUGAAACUGGAAGACAUUCUGGAAUCCAUCAACAGCAUCAAGUCCAGGUUAAGCAAAAGUGGGCACAUCCAGACCAUGCUAAGAGCAUUUGAAGCUCGCGAUCGAAAUAUACAAGAAAGCAACUUUGACAGAGUAAAUUUUUGGUCAAUGGUUAAUUUGGGAGUCAUGGUGGUAGUUUCAGCCAUUCAGGUAUAUAUGUUGAAAAGUCUAUUUGAAGAUAAAAGGAAAAAUAGAACUUAAAAUCCCGAUCAACUUAGUGAUAAAAGAAAAGGAAAUAAUGCACUGGUAAGGGCCAUUAAUUUUCUUUUCCAACUUCCUUUUCAACAAGCACUAUUACUUAAUAUACAUGACACAUAGUGCCAAUUUGUAAGAAAUGUCUUCCCCUUCAUUUGGCAAGUGCUGUUAUUGAUAUUAUAAAUAAUAUGUUUAUCAUUAGGUUUAUGCCAGCAAUAUUUGCAUUUGACAAUUAAGAUGAGACAGGCAAUAGAUAAAUCACCAUGUAUAAAG